AUGAACCUGGAAGUGGCAAACACGACCGAUGCGCUUAACUGCAGUACGCAGUUUACUUCAUUCGAGGGCGAUGUAGAGACCUGCAGAAACUAUUACCACGGAUUUGAAUACGAAUUCGUGCAUAGAAUUCUAGUGGUGGUAGUACCAUUAUUCUUCGGGAUAAUUGGAAUUCUCGGUCUAGUCGGGAAUUUGCUAGUGGUCGUGGUGGUGGCGGCAAAUCCUGGAAUGAGGUCGACCACGAACAUCCUAAUCAUUAACCUCGCCGUAGCUGAUCUGUUAUUCGUUAUGUUUUGUAUACCGUUCACGGCUACCGACUUCGUGCUACCAUACUGGCCGUUUGGCAACAUCUGGUGCAAGAUCGUUCAGUAUAUGAUUAUUGUCACGGCUUAUGCUAGCGUUUACACCCUGAUACUGAUGAGUCUCGACAGAUAUCUAGCAGUCGUGCAUCCAAUCGCCUCUAUGUCAUGGAGAACGGAGAUUCAUGCCAUACAUGCGAUCUGUAUUCUGUGGGUAAUGAUUUUAACGUUGUCCAUCCCUGCCUUCGUGAUCCAUGGCGAGAUUCAUUACAUUUUUCAAGGACAAAAUUUGACAGCCUGCCGAAUUCUGGAUCAAUAUGACUGGACUUCUUACCAGGUGCCCUUCUUCCUAUCAAGCUACGUGAUGCCCUUGGUGUUGAUAUGCGUUUUCUACAUGUUCAUGUUGGCCAGGUUAUGGCGAGGUGUGCGCACCAGUGCCGAGAACCGACGCGGAAGAAGACGGGUUACCAGACUCGUCGUCAUCGUCGUUGUUGUCUUCGCUUUUUGCUGGUGCCCUAUACAGAUGAUACUGGUGCUUAAGUCCCUGGACAUGUAUCCGCUUACUACGGCGACGAUAAUGGUGCAGAUAGUCAGUCAUAUUCUAGCUUACACCAACAGCUGUAUUAAUCCCUUCUUGUACGCCUUCUUGAGCGAUCACUUCCGAAAAGCCUUCCGUAAGAUUAUCUAUUGUAGGCCAACGACAAACUCGGACAAUCAGAUGGGACCAGCAACGAGAACCACGAGAGCUGCUAGUGCUGGCGAUAUUCUUUAGCCAGUUUACUCUUCGUUGCCGUUUUCAUCUGUUCCAUCUACAUCGCGGACAUCGGGAGAGAGAAACAUGAUGAGGAGUGAACGGGUGAAUACAGCAAGAAAUAUAAUCCUGUAUCACAAGACAUUGCCAUUAAUGGACGGAGCAGUUCAAGUCGAAGAAAGACAUUAUACGAGAAGAAGCUCAAGC